AUGACAGCAGCGGGGAGCGGCAACGGUUUUGGCACCACGGCUUGGUGGGGUUUUUCUCCAGCACUUGACCUACAAGCAACAUAUCUGGAUACCCCUACGGAGCACCUGCACGUGUCCCAGGAUGGUAUUCCCGAACUGAAUAUCCUGCUUGUGGGAUCAAUUGAUGGCCGUCAUAUCCUCAAGACGAUGUGUCAGGCACACCGAUGGCCACGGAGGAAAAUCAACUUUUACGUGCUGGAGAAUAAUCUGGAGGUGCUGGGCCGGCAGUUGCUAUUUCUGAGCCUGGCGCUGGAGCCUCUGGAGAAGAUGGGUCUGCAAGAGAAGAGCGAGACCUUCUUGGAGUUGAUGGGGAAUACUCUGCUCCGAAGCCAGACAGCCGCUUACUUGCAGGAGAAGGCAGGCCUUUUUGUCCGUUACGUCACCGACCCCUGUAUUCAGCAGGCUGACCUACCCGCUUUGGACUUGUCGGCCCUCAAGUUCAAGGAGCGGGACCAGUUGGAGGCAAUCUUUCGCUUCUGGAAGAACCCGGAUCCGUGGGCUUUCCAGAUGGAGCAGCUCUGGGACCUGCGGCUCCGACAGUACCUGGGUGCCCGCUAUGACGCCCGCCGUGGGGUUUGCGACUGGGAUCUCACCAUGAAGCUGCAUGAACAUGGGGCCAAAGUAAUCAAUUCCCGUGAGUUUUUCCGGUGGCGCAACACAGGCGUGGCCUUUGAGAUGCGGGAAGCCUCCUAUGAUGUCCCCAACAAGACUCUGGCGUCUGGCCGUCUCCUCAGACACAAAGGGGAGCCGAUGCCCGCACGGGGUUACUGGGGAGACAUUGCCACCGGCCCCUUCAUCACCUUUGGACUUGAGACGGAAGAGACCAGUCUUCUGAAAACCGUCAAUGGGCUUCCUAGCAAGGGCGCUCAGGAAAUCUCCUUGUACAAUGUCACCGCCCUGUUCUACGAACUGAGCCAUCGCUCCCGCUAUGACCCGCCCACAGCCUCCGACAAGGAGGGGGAGGAGGGCAGCCUGCAAGGGGAAGAGGACCAGGCCACGCUGGAUGCGGCCAACAGCCCUCCCGACACAGAAGAUAUCCGGGUCCACUUCCUGCCUCUCAACUGCCUCCCUCGGCUCCAUCAGAAGGGCAAAUACCAAAAGCUCUUCAACCUCCUAUUCUUUUCCUGCAGCAUGGUGCACCUCCUGAAACCAGAGCUGUGUCUGGUAUCCGCCCCCAAAGCCACACUCGUCAUUGAGCUGGCCAACUUCCUGCCCGACCUCCGCAAGGAGCAGGUGUCCGAGUUCUGCUCCCGAGUGACCAACCUGGCGAGGGAAACGGGAUUUGUGCCCGUCGAAGCACCCGGCCAAGAAGCGUUUUCCUUGUUCCAGCGGCAGGAUCCUCCUGAGGUGGCAGAGCCAGGCCUCUGA